UGACAUAAUCCCAUGCUUUAUAUGGGGAUUAAUUAAAAUCAAUAAUUACACUAAGCCCUUACUAUUAUGGAGAUAAAAGGCUAGAACCUGAGACAGGAACAAAUUAGCCCCUCACCAAUAGCCCUACGUUCUUAAAACUCCCCUCAAGUUGGGGCAUAGGUAUCAACACCAUGAGAAACUUGAACUUGCAAGAGGUGUAAUGAAAAUGUCUGCAAUUUGAUCAUCAUAAGUACACAAUUUGUAGAAAUAUGACCUCUUGCCCCAUGCCAUGUGGCUGUGGUUCACAGUUUAAAAAAUCUGAUCAGAUUUGUCUCUGCUGUUGUCAGUUAUGUUAAACAGUUUUCUUCCUUGCAUCUUACCAGAUUUAGUUGUCGGUUGAAAGUACAACCACCUUCACCAUGACCUUGAUUUCUAUCCACUUUGAGAAUGUCUUUCUUUUGUUUUCUUCACUAGCCUUUGAUUGUAGGUAUCUCUCAAAAAAAUUGUACUACUUCUAGUGAUGCAUCUUUACAUGGUGUAGCACUUUUGUGAAUUCCAGCUAGAUGUUGCUUGAUUCUUGUUGUACCAAAACUACCUUGCAAUUAUUGCAUCUCAAAUUGUUUUUUUUUUCUUUAUGAUUAGAUCUUCUUCAAUACAAUUUUCAUGCUGGAUUUGUUCGUGGCAUUUUUCUCAAGCUUGAGUUGUCAAUUGCAUAUGUGUUUCAAUAAGAAUCAAGAAACAUCAGUUCACAACUUAAAUAUAAUCAUCACAUUGACACGAUGACGACAAACCAAAAAGUGCAAUGUUGUAUGGAAAUGCAAUGUGUAGGUGGACGAACGUGAUGAAUGAUUAUCAUCCAUAAAAGCCCAAUUAAAAAGGUCAACAAUAUUCAAAAAAUAGUUCCCAAUGAACGUGACAAACAUAGGAAACUAAUAAUACUUCUCAUUCUCAAGGCUGAUUGAGAACUAGAUGUUACUUAACAAAAGCAAUUGGAAUAUGAACAUGGGUCUUAAUGUAGUAGAUGAAUUUAUAGAUCAUCAAUAUGAUGAAUUUGUAUAUUUGCAAGUGUGUCAAUGUUAAGGGUUGGACCCUGCAGGUUAUGGGUCUAACUAAAUAGGGAGUCACAAGGUUAGGUAGAUGGAUCAGGUGGAUAUUAGGAGAUAAUAUAACCCACCCCAAUCUAAAGAAGUGUAUAUGUUUCUUAAGGAGUUAAUUGUACGUAUCCUACGAUACGAACCCGUAUUGUACGAUACGUACCGUAUCGUUUUUAAAUAACGGUACGGUACACCCUCCGUAUCGUAAAUAGGGGGUGUAUUGUACCCGUUUCGUACGAUACGAGGCGAUACACCCCGUAUCGUACGAUACGGGCUGAUUUCGCAAAAGGGGGCCCGAUACCUACUUAUUGGGCUUCUUUUUGAAAAAAAUCCUUCGUUCUUCAUUUCUCAAGCUCGGAUACUGCCGUCAGGGAGGGCGAUCGUCCAUUUUCACUAUCAAAAAGUUGAUUUUCACCGUGAAAUCGAAGAUUAAGAGGUUGAUUUGUGCGUGGGUGGUUGAUUUUCGUUGGGAGGAAAGGGGUUUUCUUCAUUUCUUCUUCGUAAGGUAUAAAAUCUCAUGUUUUUACCAUGUAUUCAUAAUUUUUUAUCGUAUAAUCGUAGAUUGAUAGAUUUUGAGUGUUUUUCAUUAAGUUUACCAUAGGAUUUCGUUUUUUUUUUUUGAAGAUAUGGAUCCCACAUGGCAAUGGUGCGAAAGGGUGAAGGAGAAUAACCGCUUGAAACUCAAAUGUAGCUUCUAUGGGAAUACAUUUUCAGGAGAGAUUAGUAGAAUGAAACACCAUUUGAUAGGGACCUCCAAAGAUGCGCCUCCUUGUGGUGGAGGACCAAACAAACCUUUGCCUCCAUAUGUGCGUCAGCAAUGUUUAGAUAUGCUUCAUGCUUUACAUCAAAAGAGAGGAUACAAAAAGAAAUUGAAGAAGCAGAUGUAGGCUAUAAUGAGCCUUUGGAAGAUGAAGAAGAAGAGGAAGAAGCUUGUGAAUGUGACGAUGAAGAUGAUACCAUUCUAAGAACAGAUUUGGAGACCUCAAGAGGUAGAGAUCGUAGAGGAAAAGGGAUCAUGUAUGAAGGAGGUCGAUCUGGCGUAACGGGAAGGAAGAGAAGAGGCACAACAGAUAGGGCCAGGCGUGGUAUGCGACCACCUAGUGGUAGAGUUCCUACUGGUAGGUCUAGUGUUGGCUCUAUUAAGAGCUUUUUCCUUUCAUAUACUAGCCCAGGUAGUCAGCCGCAGAUUCGUGCUGCUAUGACAUCUAAAGAUAUGCUAUAUCAAGCACAAAAGAUGGUAGGAAAAUGGUUUUAUGAUGCCUGUAUUCCAUUUAAUGCAACUAAUUCUUUUCAAUUCCAAGCCAUGGCAGAUGCAAUUGUUUCUAUAGGCCCCGGAUUCAAAAUGUCAUCAUAUUAUCAGUUGAGGGGUAAAAUUCUUCAAGAUACAGCGAAAGAAGUGUCUGAACAUUGCGAUGAAUUGAAAUUAUCUUGGAAGGAAACAGGUUGCUCCAUUAUGUCAGAUGGAUGGACUGAUACAAGGUCAAGAACACUUGUAAAUUUUCUUAUUUAUUGCCCUAAAGGUACAAUGUUUUUGAAAUCUCUUGACUUGUCUGAUGUUCCUAAGACUGCUGAGAUUUUGUUCAAUGUUUUUGAUAAUGUCGUACAAGAAGUUGGACUUGCAAACGUUGUACAGUUUAUUACAGAUAAUGCUACAAAUUAUAGAGCUGCAGGAGAUUUGUUCUUUCAAAAGUAUGGAACAUUCUUUUGGAGUCCAUGUGUCACUCAUUGUGUUAAUCUUAUGCUUCAAGAUCUUAAUGAGAUGCAGGAUAUGAAAUCAGCCAUUGACCAAUGUCAAGAGGUAACAAAAUUUAUCUAUAAUAAUGCAUAUGUAUUGAAUUUGAUGAAAAAGUUUACAAAAGGAGUUGAAUUGAUACGACCUGCACAAACUAGAUUUGCCACAAAUGUAUUGACUGUGCAGAGUGUGGUGAAACAAAGAACUCCUUUGAGGCAGAUGUUCGCUAGUGAAGAAUGGACUGCAUAUCCACAUGCUCAUAAAAGAAAUGCUUCUUUAGUUGUCAAUAUCAUAUUUAAUAACGAAUUUUGGGAAUCAUGUGAAGCUAUUGAAAGUUUGUGUUCCAUUAGUGAAAAUCCUCAGGUUAGCUGACAACAAGGAUAGGCCUUCCAUAGGAUACUUAUAUGAGGCCAUGGAUAACGCAAAAGAGGCAAUUCGAGACAACUUAAAAGGAAAGAAAAAAUUAUAUAUGCCCAUAUGGAAGAUGAUAGAUAAAAGGUGGACUGGACAACUUCAUCAACCUCUUCAUGCAGCAGCUUACUAUCUAAAUCCUGCAAUUAGAUUUUCUCCUACAUUUAAGAAGGACAGAAAAGUCUUAAGUGGUUUGUUGGAUUGUAUUAACGUGUUAGUGGCAGAUUCUAGAGAACAAGAUGCCGUCAGCAAUGAGUUAGAUCUAUAUAAUACUUGUUAUCGAGGCAUGGGACAACCUGUCGCCGUUCGAGCCAAGACAACCAUGCGUCCAAGUAAACUGAUUUGUGGUUGAAUAGGUAUGUGUUUGAUUGUCUAAACCUAGCACGUUUUGCAAUGAAAGUCCUCAGCCAGACAUGCAGUGCUAGUGGAUGCGAAAGGAACUGGAGUGUGUUCCAACAUAUCCAUAGCAAAAAAA